UAGACCGGCUAUAUGUCUCUGAGGCUACACUAUUCUAGAUUUCUGCAAAAAUUUUAAUUCAGUUGCUAGCAGAUUCUCAAUUUUGUCGGGCACGUUGUUUUGUAAGCGCGGCAGCACCGUCUUUUUUUUGUUUUUCCUUAUAUAUUAUUAAAUAAUUUCGGUUUAUAACCAAAUAAGAAUUGUAAUUGUUAAUUUAAUUUUAAAGUUUUAUAUUCUAAAUGGCUUCUUACAUAUUAAGAAACGGGACUACAUCUCUACUUAAAAAAUACUGCCCACGUCAACUAAGUGGCCUCAAAAAUACAUAUACAAAACAAUUCCGUGGCUUGCAUUUAACUCCGUGCUUAGAAAAAAUUGUAUCCUUUAAUUUAAGUGAUAUUGGGGAAGGUAUACGUGAGGUUACUGUUAAGGAAUGGUUCGUUAAAGUUGGAGAUACUGUUGAGCAAUUCGAAAAUCUUUGUGAGGUACAAUCGGAUAAGGCUUCCGUUACAAUAACAAGUCGGUAUGAUGGAAAAAUCUUAAAACUCCAUCAUAAAAUAGAUGAGAUUGCAUUAGUGGGGAAACCGCUAUUAGAUUUUGAAGUGGAAGAGGAAGAUGACGACAGUUCGAGUUCCGAAAGUUCAGAUUCAGAAUCCGAAGCUGAUAAGGACAAUAAGAAUUUGAGUAGUGGUACCGAUUCAAGCAGUAAGGUUGAUUCUGAAAAUAUUGGACGACAGAUUACAUUGGCAACGCCUGCUGUGCGACGAAUAGCAACAGAAAAUAAAGUUGAUUUAUCUAAAGUGCCACCAACUGGCAAAAAUGGACGUGUCCUUAAAGGUGAUGUACUGGAAUUUUUAGGCCAAGUGCCACCUGGCACCAAUAUACCACAUCCCACCAUUGCAGCAAAAGCUGCAACAACAGCAACUGCUUCAACCUCAAAGUCAAUCGCAGCAGCUCCAGUAGCAGCAGAUCGUGUUGAACCAAUCAAAGGUGUACGUAAAGCUAUGUUGAAAUCCAUGUCGGAAUCACUAAAAAUACCACACUUUGCUUAUAGCGAUGAAAUAGACAUGACAAAAUUGAUCGAUUUCCGUAAUCAGUUAAAGGAUGUGGCUAAAGAAAAUGGCAUCUCGAAACUAACAUUUAUGCCAUUCUUUAUAAAAGCCGCGUCGGUUUCUUUGACCAAA